GGAAGAUUAUGCAAAAGCUUUUAUGUGGACUUGAGUACAUUCAUGAUAAAAAAUUUAUGCACAGGAAUCUGAACCCUGGCUGUAUAUUUUUUGACAAAAAUAGUGAACUAAAAAUAGCAAAUUUUGAACAUGGACGAAUGAUGCCUGCAGGAUAUGUGCCAUCUGAAGUCAAGGCUGUCAGAAACUAUCUAGCUACUGCACAAUUGUCGGAAGAGAAUAAUACUGGAAUUGACAUUUGCUAUUUAGCUCCUGAAAUACUGCUGUUGUCAGAAGAUCAUACUACUGCAGUUGACAUUUGGUCUGCUGGCUGUAUUUUUGCUGAACUGUUACUGAAAGAAAAAGUUUUUGAUGGAACUAAAGAUACUGAAGUGCUCAGUCGAAUUUUUUAUACAUUAGGGAUGCCCAAUGAUGAAAUUUGGCCUGGCUGGAGCAAACUUCCAGGUUUGGAUUUGUAUAAAAUUGAGAAUUGUAAUGAAUACAACUACAUUAGGAAAAUUUUCUGCCAGCAGUCUGAAAAUUGCAUCAACUUAUUAAAUGCUAUGUUUCUGUACUACCCUAAAGCAAGAUAUUCUGCUAAGAAGUGUCUUCAGCUCGACUAUUUUAAAGAAGAACCUCGGGGACCACCUUUGGAUCUGAAGGAAAUAUUUGAAGCUCUGAAAACUGGGAUUAAACGACCUUCAAGUAAAUCAUCAUCUUCCUGUUAUUAUUCAUCAACGAAAUAAGCUGUAAAUUUGUGUAUGAUACAUUCCUAACUUUUUUAAAAUUUCAUGCUUGUUUUGAAAUCUUUUGUUGAAAUUGAUUGUUAUUUUUAGAAAAUGCAGCUGUAAUUAUAAGUCAAAAAUUAUCAUAACAGAUUAUGUGUUAUUGUUCUUAAAUAAAUUUUCAUUUAAACUUGC